AACACUGGGAAACGACGGAAUGAAUGUCGCUCUUACACGAUAAUUUCGACGGCCUUGCCUUUGUGAUUCCGUAAAAUGUGACCAAAGCAAUAGUGCUUGAGAAAUGACGGACACCCCGACACACGUUAACGUGAGGAUAAACGAUGCCAUCGAGGACAGCGUUGACAAUUUCUUGAAUAAUGAAGACGACAGCGAACGAUUGUUGAAACCGAGAAACAAUUUUGCGUCAUACUCGAACGAUGGCAUCAAUGUUAGAUUCCGGACUGCUAUCUGCAACCAUGGCAGCCUGUCAUCGCAAAAUAUUAUGGACACAAUUUCCAAUAACCCGAGAAGGCUUAUUACAGAAGAGAUCACCCCAGGAGCCACUAAUUUCUUAUCAACUAAUUACGAGAGUUUAGAUUAUGAUCCUUGUGAGAACCACCUUCUGCAAGAUGAAGAAAGAAAAAAGGGAUAUAAGUUUGUGGUUAAAAAAAAUUUUGCCAGAUGGUUUAUUUUCUUACUGAUAGGCAUAUGCACAGCUCUUAUCGCCUCUUUUGUAAAUAUUUCUAUAGAAGAAUUAUCCAACAUAAAAUAUGGUUAUCUUAAGUCCUAUAUGGAUCAAUGCGUAUUAAACAGCUGUUUAUGGCUGCCAUACUUGAUAUGGUUGACUUUGAAUUUAGUACCUAUUUUAAUAGGGGCUAUUUUAGUGUCCUAUGUGGAACCUGUUGCUGCAGGUAGUGGCAUUCCACAAGUAAAAUGUUAUUUGAACGGAAUUAAAGUGCCUCGUGUUGUUCGUAUUAAGACAUUAGCAGUAAAGACAAUCGGUGUAAUCUGUACCGUGGUGGGUGGAUUGGCUGGUGGAAAAGUAAGUUCUUUUGUUAUUUGUUACUAAAUUAAAAAAAAAUCAUUUAGAAAAGAUUUGAAAAUAUUUAAGUACUUUAGAGAAGACCAUGAAAAACGAGACUUUGUGUCAGGGGGUGCAGCUUCCGGUGUGUCUGCUGCGUUUGGAGCACCAAUUGGAGGUGUAUUGUUCAGUAUUGAGGAAGGGACUAGCUUUUUCAACCAAAGUCUUACAUGGAGAACUUUUUUUGCCAGUAUGAUUACAACAUUUACCUUAAAUAUUGUGCUGAGUACAUAUCACGGACGACCUGGUGACCUUUCUUAUCCAGGCUUACUAAACCUGGGAAAAUUCGAAACUAUACCGUAUCAGAUUUACGAAAUCCCGCUGUUCAUGCUAGUGGGAACAAUAGGUGGAAUAUUGGGCGCAACUUGGAAUCACGUAAACUAUAAAAUUACUUGUUUCCGUCUGAGAUUCGUACGAAGAAGAUGGCUAAAAGUAGUAGAAGCGCUUUCGAUUGGUGUACUGAGCGCAACAAUGGGAUUUAUAAUGAUUUACUACUUAAACGAUUGCAAACCAUUAGGUCAAGAUCCCACUAAAUUUCCUAUUAAAAUGUACUGUAAGGAAGGUGAAUACAACGUAGUCGCAGCUUUAUGGUUUCAAACACCUGAAAGUAGUGUACGAUCCUUAUUCCAUGACCCUAAAGGUUCUCACAAUGACAUGACACUAGCUAUUUUCGUUGUACUUUACUUCUUCUUGGCUGUUUUCACUUUUGGUCUUUCCAUGUCCAGUGGACUUUUUAUUCCAUCCCUCCUGAUUGGCUCUGCAUGGGGUAGACUCAUUGGAUCAUGUCUUUCUAAACUUUUCCCCAAUUGCGUUGUUUUAGAUCCUGGAAAAUAUGCUUUAUUAGGUGCAGCUGCAAUGUUAGGCGGAGUAGUUAGAAUGACAAUAAGUUUAACUGUGAUACUUAUAGAGGCUACUCAAGGAAUAUCGUUCGGUUUACCUGUUAUAAUAGUUCUUAUUAUGGCUAAGUGGGUUGGAGAUUUUUUCAACGAGGGCAUCUAUGAAAUUCAUACACAAAUGGCUGGAGUUCCUAUCCUACCAUGGGAAGCUCCACCCUUAUCGAAUAAUAUAUAUGCCAGUGAGAUUAUGAGCCACCCUGUAGUAACAUUGAAAACUGUAGAAAACGUUGGACACAUAGUGGAACUUCUUAAAUGUGUAACAUUCAAUGGAUUUCCUGUAGUAGAUCCUCCUAGUAGCGAUCAGACUGAAAUACAUUCCUAUGGACGAUUUCGAGGUUUGAUAUUACGUUCUCAGUUGAUAGUGUUAUUACAAAAUAAAAUCUUCAACGAAUAUUCAGAAUACUGGGAUAAAACCUUGAGCAUCAAAAUGUUUAGAAAAGAAUAUCCCAGGUACCCAACGAUCGAACAAGUUACCAUUACUGAUGAGGAGAAAACUUAUGCAAUAGAUCUGAGACCUAUCAUGAAUCCUUCUCCUUACACAUUACAACACUCUGCAACACUGCCACGAACAUUCAGACUCUUCCGGGCUUUAGGCCUUCGUCAUCUGCCAAUAUUAAAUGAUACAAACGAGGUAAUUGGAAUUAUUACACGAAAAGAUGUUGCCAGAUUUAGGAUAUGGGAACAUAGAGGAAGAAUGGGAUUAGAUGAACUUGUACUGACAAAUAAAAUUUAAUUUUAAUUUUAUCUACAAAUAUA